CCAUUUUCUGGUGUCUGCCGCGUCUUAGUGAACCAAUCAUUUCUUUCCAUUCUGAUUGCGCCGCCUCCACAUUCUGUGACGAUUUCGAAGCUACAUAAAGUUGGGGUUUGGUCAACGACGCCAUUCCAGCCUUUGUCGCCAGGUAUAUCCGUGUUCCACUUGGCUUCAGCGUCGCACCAAACAUUUGGACAAAAGUUAAAAUUAAUAUCAAAACGUCAAGAAUCGUCAACUUUGGAAGCUAUAGAAGAUCAAAAUACAAGGGAGCCUCGUCACAAACCUUCUACACCACUUUUUCCCCCUCUUUUUCUAUUUUUUUUUCUCACAAAUUUAUGUUUAUCUGCCCUUUUAUUAAGGAGACUCUGGACUUAAUUGUGCUAGUCUAAAAUACAGGCGUUCAAUGUAAAAUAUAAUCCUCUUUAAUUUGAAUGUCUAUUUUGUAGCUUAUAAAGGGCACUGUUGAUAACUGUAAGAUUAAAUAUUACCAGCCAUCUAAAGCUUAACUUUUCCAUAAAAUGCCAACCACUGUCUUUGUGUGGUCAAAAGCUAAAGGCAAAUUUUUUUUAUGAGGCUAUAUUCCAUAGCACCCCCUAUCCCCCACUUUUUUUUUUUUUCUUUCUGUUUUUAGCCCACUUCCAACGUACGAAGCGGUGAAGGAGAAUUUUGGAUAGUAAGUGUUGCUUUUGAACGACCUUGGAAAACAACUUUACCCCACCAACCUUUAUUCCUCAUAAAACCUUGGUGGAUUCAGCUAAUUUCUGCCAUCCCAGCAAGAUUUUCAGAUUUCUAGCAAAUCCAUCUUGGACAUAUCUAGCUAUAACCGAUUACUUUGAAUCAUAUUGAUAUAAGGCUAAACCUGCAGACAAAUAUCACCCCUUCAACCUUUUAUAUAGCUUUAUCAUACAUUUGGCACAUCUUUCUAAGUUCUAAAUGGAUAAAUGACCAUUGUGUAUCAGUAACGUGUUUUGUCCAGGCUCAUAUUGUGAUAGCAAGUAAAUUUUAAAGGCAACCUGGUCUGUGAGGUUGAACGGUUUUUACAGGAUGUACGGAAAAAUGAGCUCCCAUACCUAAGAUGGCGUCAGGGCUUUGUUUAAAAAAAAAAAAAGCAUGCGUUAUCUCGGUGUGGGAGACGGCAUCCUUCAUUAACCUAAGGAAAAUGACUUUUUCUUUUUUUCCUCCUAUGUGUUUAGUUCAAGGAGCAUAGUGAACAGAAUCAUGAGCAAUCUGUACAUAAAGAUUGCAGGGAGAGACUCAUGAGUUCUACAGGAAGAACCCUGAAAUCAUGGGGUCAAGACCUAUUGACCCACUAGAGCUUUUGAAAGGGCUGGAUAAUAUACUCGGGCAAACUGGUGAAGUAAAAGCACUUGAAGGAAUGGCCAAGAUCUUCAACCUUAUGAAAGAGUCUCAAAAGAUGGUUAGCCGUUGCAUUUACUUGAACAUUGUUCUACAGACACAUUCCCCAGAUAUUCUGUCCAAGUUUAUUCGUGUUGGAGGGUAUAAGUUACUGAAUAGCUGGUUGACUUAUGGGAGGACUUGUAAUAACAGCCCACUUUUGCACCAGAUCCUCCUCACACUGCAGCAUCUGCCUUUAACUGUUGAUCAUCUAAAAAUGAAUAACACUGCCAAACUUGUAAAACAACUCAGCAAAUCCAGUGAAGAUGAAGAACUUCGAAAACUAGCUGGAAUUUUGGUCAAUGAUUGGAUGGCAGUUAUCAGGUCUCAGAGCAACAUACAGCCUGCAGAUAAAGAGAAGAAAAAGAAAAAAGAAGAUCCCAAAGGCCGUAGCCCAGUCCAUGACAAGACCUCUGAAGCUAAGGCAGAGGAUAUUGGAGACAAAAGGAAGGAAAAGCCAAAAACUCCACGUACAACGGCCCCAAGUCAUGCAAAAUUUAGAUCCACUGGUCUUGAAGUAGAAGCUCCUUCUCUUGUUCCAGCUAAGAAACCUACACCUGUUCCUGUCCUGUCUGACAAGUAUUUGAAACCAAUUCCUGUAAAGAGACCAAGUUCAGUUCCAGUUCCUGGUGAUGCUGCUCCAGCGGAGAAAAAAUAUAAACCUCUGAACACAGUUCCUAACACUACUAAGGAAAUUAAAGUAAAGAUAAUUCCUCCACAGCCCAUGGAGAGUUUAGGAUUUUUAGAUGCAUUGAAUUCAGCCCCUAUUACUGGAGUAAAAAUCAAGAAGAAAAAGAAAGCUGGUUCACCUACUAGUAAUAAGGCAAGUCCAUUUGAUAUCAAGUCCCCGACUGAAGAAAACAGUGUCACCAAGCCUUCAUCACCUGAGCCAGAGCCAACAGUAGAAGGAAUGGAAGUGGAUCGUCCAGGAACCCCAGUUCCUGCUGUAGAAUUACCAGAGCCAAUCGAAAUUUCUGCACCACUUCCUCCUCCUCCUCCUCCUCCUGCCCCCUCUGAAACCAAGCCCAGUGAAGCUGAUGCUUCUCAGUUGACCAAGAAAGGGAAGAAAAAGAAGACUGUCAGUUGGCCCGAAGAGAGCCGUCUCAGGGAAUACUUCUACUUUGAGCUGGAUGAAACUGAGAGAGUCAAUGUAAACAAAAUUAAAGACUUUGGUGAAGCAGCUAAACGGGAGAUGUUAAAGGACCGGCAAGCUUUUCAAAAUGCACGUCGCGUUAGUCAUGAUACCAUGGAGGAGGUCGUUCCUUGGCUACCACCUCGACUUCUCAGUCUUCCUGGGGCUUUGGUGCAUAUAGGAAGUAACAGUACAGAAAAGCAGACGCAGGCAGAACGAGAAAUGGGUAUUCUCCAGGAGAUCUUUCUGACUAAAGAGAGUGUUCCUGAUACACCCCAUGAACCUGACCCUGAAUCAUAUGAACCAUCACCUCCAAAACUUAUACCUCUAGAUGAGGAUUGCUCCAUGGACGAUGAUGUUUAUCCUGAACCUAUGGACCAGAGCAUUGCUUCUCAGUCUCCAGACUUGUCGAGUGGAGCAAAACUACCACCUGUCCUUGCUAACCUAAUGGGUAGUAUGGGGAGUUCCAAAUCACACCCUAACCCUUUGCCAGAAACUAUGCAGGAAAUUCUGACUUCUAUAAUGGGUGCCCAAGGUAAUGCAAAACCAGAGGACCUAAUGAAGCAGCCAGAUUUUUCUGAAAAAAUCAAAAAUCUACUGGGCUCUUUGCAGAAUCAAAAUCAGAACCACAGUCCACCAGAGCCAGUUGGACAAGGAUCGCAGGGACCAGUUAAUAAUGGCUUUCCAACUCCAUCUCAAAAAAAUCAUCAGCCGCCACCACCACCACAUCAUCAUCAACCACCGCCUCAUCAUCAACCACCACCUCAACAUUAUCCUCCACCAGGACCCAAUGGACCAUUCCAAGGACCACAUGGUCCUCAUGGCGGUCCACGCAUGAUGGGGCCACCUCCCCCACAACGAGAUGGUUAUUGGGAGCCCCCACCGAAUGAAAACAUGAGAGGAGGAGGCCACCAUGGAGGAGAAAGAGGAGGAAUGAGAGGUGGUGAUAGAGGACCUCCACCCCCUCCAUUUCACAGAAGUCGAGGAGGGAGAGGUGGUGAACCAGGCUAUAGAGGAAGAGGUCGGGGAGGUGAAAGGGGGCAUCCAGGAAGGAAUGGACCUUAUGGCAUGGGACAUGGAGAUCACCGUGGGGGACAUGGUGGAGAGCACCGUGGACAUGGCGAGGGGCACCGUGGUCAUGGAGGACAUGGAGAUCAUCGGGGACAUGGGCAUGGAGGAGACAUGUCUUCCCGCCCAACUUGUCGACACUUUAUGAUGAAGGGCAACUGCCGUUAUGAGAACAAUUGUGCCUUUUACCACCCUGGUAUAAAUGGGCCACCACUGCCCUAAACCUACAAUCACAACUUUCAAAGCAUAGAUAUUUACAGGAACAGAAGCAAGUGUAGAACUUGAACGUUUUUUUUCAUGAAAAAAAUUCUAAUAUGGCUUCUGUGAGGCCUAAUUCUUUCCCUCAUUUACCAAAUUUUGGGGAUAGGGGCAAAUGGACUCUUCAGAAAUUUUUAUUCUAGCCCAGUGAAUGAACACUUGCAUGUGCGAAUUGUUUACUAUUGGGCCUAGGCAAACUUGUGUUAUUUAUAUUGUUUGGGGCGUUCGUAAUGGCUUGUUUUGGGAUAAAUACAUAAAAGGUUUUUCUUCACCUUUGAAGAGUUUAAAGAGAAACUUAAACUGUAAAAUUUGAAAAGGCUUGCAGCUACUUGGGAUUAUUUGUUUCUCAUUCUUUUUAACUGACACUUCCAAUAAUGUUUUUGACAAUGCCCUCUUAUCAUUCUCUGUAAUUUAAUUUAUGCUAUUUUCUGUUGAAAAGUGUUCCCCUACCAGUCCCUUGCCCUUUGUUAUAAUGCCAUCAUAAAAUUUGUAAAUACAACUGUGUGAAAUGUUUUACAAUCAGUAUAAUGCUACCCUCUUUAUAACCAUUUUUGAUCCUGUGAGUGAUGACUCAAUGCGCCUAUUAGCUUAAAACAGUUCUUUUGCUUUCUUCCUCUGCCAAGCCAUUUUCUGGUUCUGUUUUUUGCUGCUCUCCUGAAACACUACAUCUUUAUUGUAUCCCAAAAUUAAACUCUGCUAAAGCCAAACCAUAUUAAUAAUAAGAAGCUAUACUGUAAAAUAUUGGUCUGUAAAAUAUAGGGGUUUGCAUAAUGAUGGGUAUCACAAAGAUAAUGAACAUGCCAUCCUGUGUAUGUACAUUAACUACAGAAAGUCAUUGUUAAUCAGUAAAUAUCUUCAUAUUUAAAUUCUUUGCAAAACCAAUGCAUAUUUGAUUGCUGGCCUGGAUAAAAAUACAGUAUUAGAGUAAUCUCAGAUCCAUAUAUGCCUUGGAUCCAUACAAACCCAGGGUAGGAAACAGCUGUGAUUCUUAUCUGAAAAUGUUUUCUAUGAAAACUGACUCAGAAUAUGUUUUUAUUUGUUUUUCUUUUUAUUAUUUUCUUUUUAUGGGUCCCCAAAUGGAUUCUUAUUUUCUUUUUGUAUACUUUGUAAAUGAGAAAUAAACUCAAUUAUAAGGUG